GUGUGUGUGUGUGUGUGUCACGGUCAGCUGUUCAGUGUUUACCGCCGCGUGUGACCGUCGCUGCGCCAAUAUUCAGUGUAUCCAUUUAAUUAAACCUCACCCAGGCUCGGAAUAUCCUUGCCACGCCUCCCCGCCACCUGUAACACUGUCUGGAGGCUUGAGAACACUGAAUUAUGGUGCAGUGUGGACGGGGGGAGGCAUUAUGGCGAGAAAUAGAGAGUAGUGGACUAGUCAAGAGGCGCCUUAGAAUAUAACGUCAGCACCGAGGAAUGUAGCACCAGGGGGCCCAGACAAGCCUUGGUCAGCACUCAGCAGUCUCGUGUUACUCAUGUGGCGCGGAUGUCUGUGCUGUGCCAUGGACGACCAACACAUACCACUCCUGUCCUCCUCCAGCGGGACCACAAUGGGGGAGGGCAGUGCUGCUGAGAGCUUGCCAACGGCAAUAUAUCUCCUGACUCUACUCAGCGCCAUUGGUGGCUUCCUCUUCGGCUAUGACACUGGCGUGGUGUCCGGGGCAAUGAUCCUCAUAAGGGAGGAGUUUGAGCUGAGCACAGUGUGGCAUGAGUUGAUUGUGUCCGCCACCAUCGGGGCGGCCUUCCUGUCUGCCCUGGUGGCCGGCCAAGCCACAGAUCGCUUUGGGCGGCGGCCCGUGAUCCUGUGCGCCAGCCUGGUGUUCCUGGUGGGGGCCAUAGUGAUGGGCGCUGCCCCCGAGAAGGUCACCCUCCUGGUGGGCCGCAUCAUUGUCGGCAUCGGGAUUGGCUUUGCGUCCAUGGCUGUCCCGGUGUACCUGAGUGAGGUCUCCCCAUUGCACCUGAGAGGCAGGAUCACGGUGGUCAACAACAUCUUCAUCACUGGUGGCCAGGUCGUCUCCUCCAUCGUCGCCGGGGCUUUCUCUGAAGUCAAGAUGGGUUGGAGGUACAUGCUGGGCCUUGCUGGCUUACCUGCCCUGCUGCAGCUCAUUGGUUCUGCCUUCAUGCCUGAGAGCCCGCGAUGGUUACUGUCACGGGAGAGGGAAACGGAUGCUCGGGAAGUGCUGGAGAAGAUCAGACCAAAGAAUGCAGAUCUGAAGGAGGAAAUUGAAUCAGUGAAAGUGGCUCUGGCUGAGGAUGCUGAUCAGGCGGGAUUGAGAGAAGUGUUCGCGUCUAAACCAGUCCGUCAGGCGCUGCUGCUCGGGUGUUUACUGCAGCUCUUCCAACAGAUCUCUGGCAUCAACACGGUUAUGUAUUACAGUGCCUCCAUCAUCUCCAUGGCAGGCGUCACCGACAACUCCCUCGCGAUAUGGCUGUCCGCCGCCACCUCCUCCAUGAACUUUCUCGGCACCUUCCUCGGGCUGUGGCUGGUGGAGAGGCUCGGCCGGCGCUCCCUCACCCUGGGCUCCCUCCUGGGCACUGUCGUCUCUCUGUUCCUGCUGGCCCUCACCUUCCACCUGGCGUACCUCCACAGCCCGGAUAUUCUCAUGCAAGAUCCGUCCUCGUCUGAAUGCGUUGCUGAUACAUGUGGCGUGUGUACCAGCCGGUCUUCGUGUGGUUUCUGCUUCAUAGGGGAUCCAGAUGACAUUCAGAACUCUACCUGUCUUGCCUCCAACCACUCGUCCUACAAUGAGAUGAGUGAGGCCGGCUGGUGCGCCAACUCCACCCUCCUCGAUGCCGACGACGUGACCUUCGCCUACGACUGGUGCCCCUACGAGUACGCCUGGCUGUGCAUUGUCGGCCUGGCCCUCUACCUGCUCUGCUUCUCCCCGGGUAUGGGCCCCAUGCCCUGGACCAUCAACAGUGAGAUAUACCCGGGCUGGGCCAGAGCCACCUGCACCUCCAUCACCACCUCCGUCAACUGGGCCUCAAACCUCCUGGUCUCCAUCUCAUUCCUCACCCUGACGGAGACUCUUCUCAAACAUGGUACCUUCUACAUGUACAUGGGUCUCGCUGGUCUGGGUCUCGUCAUCUUCUUCUUCCUGCUGCCGGAGACCCGAGGUGUGCCGCUGGAGGGCAUGGAGCGGCUGUUCUCCAAGCCCAUCUCCACCAGGUUCAGGAGAGGGCGAACGCUAAGCAGUCCUUGACCCGGUACCUGUUUGUCGUUUUAUCGUUUCCAUAGUCUGUUGUUCGUUUGUAGUGUAUGGAGUAUGUGAUCUUGAAGUAAGUCAUCUAUGUAUGAUGAAUAAGCGUAAUAACAAAGACUAUAGUGAAGCCAGAUUGGCGGGAUUGUUUUGUAUUGCCUUCUGCGGGUCCCUUCCUCCCUUCGCCCUGCCUCACUUUGCCAAAACCUAUCUCUGCCUCUCUUGUUAUCAUCAUCAUCAUCAUAAUUUAGUUUAAUGUUCGUUUUCACUUCAUUUACCCUACUAUUUUUAUUUAUUUAUUUUGUUUUUAGCUUCCUUUUCCUGUUGUUAUUUCCAAGGAGAGUCCGGAAGAGAGUAAGUUUGGUUUUCCUCGUACCGGUGAUGUGUAUUUGGUCAAGAUUUUACCGCUUGUUAAUGCGUAAGCUACCCCACUGCUGGACGCUUUAUGGCUCUCCUCCAUUAUACUCUGUCUUCUGCCCGAUGCUCACCCAAUCCCAUCAAUGCCAAGUCUUCCUGUAUACACCUUCUCCGCGUUUUCCUAGGUCUUCCUCUCAUGUUAGCAAUGGAUCACAUAUGAGAGGAAGAGAUUGGUGUUGAGACCGUUUGGCAGAGCAGUGGGAAGGAAAGGACUCACGGAAACCAAUGCAAAAAUGAUCUCACCAAUCUUGUUUCGCUAUAAGAGAGUAAGGAGAGAGAAAUAAAUAAGACUAAGAAAGAGAAACGAGAGAGUAAAGAGUAAGAAAGAGUAAGGAGAGAGAGUGUGAUAGCUAAGUGUAAGAUGGACUAUUUAUUUGAUUUUUUUUUUUAAUAUUUUAUAAGCGACUGUUAUAAAGUCUCUAAAACUAAACUGCACAAUAUAUAGGCAUGAGACAAAGUUAUAUAUCUUGUAAAUACUAAAAAGCUGUAAAGAAAAUGUAAAUGAAUGAAUAUUUCUUGUA